GGCGCCUGCACGGACAGCCCGCUACGACGCUACGCAGCUACGCGAUGUUGUGGAUAUCGGUUACGCUUUUGGCGCUAUUCGCGUCGGCUCAAGGACGAGCGGUGAACAUCAGCAACACUUGGGUGUUGCCAGAGGAGGGGUUCCCGGUGUUCUACCGCUACUUCAGGGACCGCAUCUCGUGGUACGAGGCCGACGCCGUCUGCCAGUUCCACCAUGCCAACCUCGUCACAGUGGACACAACCGCCCAAUACGACGCCGUGCGGGCGUAUCUCAAGGAGCUGGACAUCUCCAGCGCCGUCUGGGUCGGCCUCAUUCGCAGUAAUCCCGAUGGAGACUUCACUUGGACGGACUACCGCGGCUUAAGCGGAGAAGGGUAUUGGAGCUCCGCGCCCGACUCGCGCUCCGCCCCGCUGUGUGCGGCCGCGGACCCGGCCGCUGACUACCGCUGGGAGGCUCGAGCCUGUGGAGGACCUACUGUCGCCUCCUUCAUAUGUGAACUGCCUGUACCUCAAUGGGCACUCGGUAAGGACGGCUGUAUGGUGCGCGCCCUGCCUGCGCUGACCGCGUUGUACCUGCCAGAGAGUGCCGCCGUGCAGCUCACCGCCGAUUGCGGGCUGGCCGGCGUCAAGCGAGUUCAGUGCACUGGCAACGUGAAACGUGAAGAGCUGCUGAAAGAGCUGUCCUGUAACGACGAAGAUGAGCUCUCAAGUACGCCGAGCCUGGUAUCAACAAGCACAAUGUGGCCGGCCACUGACACUACAUUCACUGAUCAAGAAGUAACAACAGAAACACUAACUACGUUUGAAAGCAUUGUCACUGAAGAAAAGGAAAUAAGUACUUCUCCGCCACAUAUUACUGAAACUUUGCCACCAUCUACUUCAGCGAAACCAGAAAUAUCAGCAUCAACGAAAUUGAAUUUGAACAUCCAAAAUUAUGUAAGAAUACCACUAGAUAGAGAAUUUAAUUUAGAGCCGAUUCAUAGUAAUGAUAUUCCACAGCCAGAUCACCAAGAAACAGUUAAUGGUAAAGACCAUCUUAAGAACCUUGAGAAAAACAAAAGUUAUCAACAUCAUCUUUUACACGAUGAAAUGACUCGACUAGGCAAUUCAGAAACUAUUUUCACUCAGCCCACUGAUCAUUUCGUACCUCCUCUUGUUAUGGCGAAAUCAAGAAUUAGUGAUGAUAUGACUGUUUUAUCUUUAGAAGAAAAGCAUGCCCAACAAAUAGCUGAACAACAGCGCCUGUAUAGCCAUAGUAAAAUAGUUGAGCAUAUCAGCGUUACACCAUUUACAGACACGACCCCUAAUGCAAUAUCAAGUACUCUAACCCCAACAAACAUUGUGAAAGAACAAAUAUCAACAGAUACACCUGCACUUCUAGGUAAUAUGAAAAAAGAAACAAAAUCAAACGUUCCUAAAAAAUACUCAGAAAAACAUGAUAGUGUAAAAGCAAAGACAUACAAACUACAGAAAGUUGUAAAACUUGAUUCUCUUUCCACAUUAAGACCUCUAAGCUCGGAAAAAGAAAUUGAAAUAUCCAAAUUACAACAAAAUUUAAACUCGUCUUCAGAAGAGGAUCCAAGUAUUGAUCUCACCGUGAUUAUAAAUGAGCCAGGUGCUGGGAACGGGCAAAAAAUAUUUUAUUCCAACCAUACAAAUACUUUAAAAGGAACAGAGCAAGUAGCUAGUUUGACGAACGAUAGUACACAACAACCUGAAAAGAAAUCCUCAAUAACCGAAAUGCCUAUUAUAACAACAAAUCCCAUUAAAGAUAAUGAACCACAAGAAUCCUCAACAGUUACGCUCAAUCAUGAAAUAAUUAAAAUAACAAUAAUCAAUGAUAGCACGAGCACUGAAAAUUCGUCUCCGAUAGUAUUUGAGGUUACUACUUUAGUACCUCAAUUGAAUAAUAUUACUGCAGAUGUGUUGCCUUCAUCGACCAUUUCUGAUAGCAUUCGCACUACGUCUCCAGCUGUUAGCAACGACUCUGUAACAUCUCCUACUGUACAAUCUACAAGUAGUUCAAUCAAUACAACACAAUCUUCUGUAGAAAACAAUUCUGACAAACAGUCUACCUCAGGGUUAGCUACUACUAUUCAUAUGAUUACCAACAAAGAUAAAAUAGUUUCUAUGACCGAGUCGCCUGUUUCAACACCAGAAAUAAUUACAGAGACAGCUACUUUACGCACAACAACAUUAGUAGUAAAUGUGAAUACUACCGAAAAAGUUAACGCAACCGCUGCUACAACGACGAAAGUAGAUGAUUCAACACCAGCACAAAUUGAGAUAUUUAAUCACACUGAUAAUUUUGAAGAAGACCACGAGAAUGAAGAGAUAGAUGAUUAUCAAUCACCGCUGCUCUCAGCUGCCAACGAGCCACUGCACCGACCGCGGUCUCGGAGACCCCAGACUCCCGCGAAUCGGUUGAAAAAAUUUAAUCCAUUCCGCAUAUUAGGUUAGAACGCAAACAUUCUGUAAUGACUGCCAACAAAUGGAGUUGUACUGGGGAUGAAUGACGACUGAAGAAAUACACUCUGUAUUUCAUUCAUAGAAUUAGUAUCUUAAAACUGUCACACGAGUGAUAUGGUGCACUUAAUGUAAAGCAUAUUCAAUACAUUAUCUUUGCCGAGUUCAUAUACACGAUUGGUUAUUUAUUAAUUUUAUUAUAAAGCAUAAUUUAAAAAUAUUUUGAUUUACAUAUUUAAAGCAUUGUGUUAUUUCAAUUAAAAUGGUUUAAAAAUCGAGUUGUUAAUGAAAAAUGUAAUACUUUUUCGUUAGGUGUACCUAACAGGAAAUGAUGAUUAGUAUAGGAUAGUUCGUUAUAAACUUCGAACAAUUUUUAGCCGAAGGUGUUAGUCAAUUUAAUUAAUUUAAAAUAUAGCAUAGCUAUAAUUUAUAGUUAUAUAGGGAUUGGUCAUUGUACUCGAAUUAAUUUAUACCUAUUGAUACGUAUCACACGAUUUUGAGAUUGCCAAAAUACACACACCCAAUAUAGUAUGUACCGUACAAUGAAGAUUAGAUAGUGAGCAGGAUUAUUUUAAUAGAACUAUAAAAUUAAUAAGUAUAAUAAGUAUAGCGAGCGGUGAUCAUGUUCAUGUUAUGGCGGAACUCACAAUCAUAUCAUAUAGGUUAAGAAUCUAUGUGUUUGAUGAAAUUAUUUUUAUGUAAAAUUUUUGGAGUUCUAGAUGUGCACAAGUGAAUUAAUUUAUGAUCAUGGAGGCUGAAAAAUAUAUUAUGAGGCUUAGGUGAGCUUUGCGGCGGGUGAUUUUUAAGUGGGUAAAAUAUUCUAUGGAGUAAAAUUAUCAUACUUAUAGAAACUCCGAAGUUUUUUAAUAAUUUCGGUGAUACAUACUUGCGUAACGUCACGGGCCGCGAGGCUCUUUAUUUGGCAGAUGAUAUUAUAAAUAAAACUGAAUGUUAUCUUUUGUGUUCAGAUCUAUUUGUCAUGUAUGUAGUAAUUUUAGACCAUUACAAUUUUACAAUAAAUAUUAAAACCUUG